AUGCCCCAAACAGUCCAAACUCCUGGUGUCGAAGUCGAACAAUCUGGGUCUAGCCGGUCUGAUCUCGAGCAGUCUGGGCCAUCCUCUGCUUGCAAUGAAAUGGUUGUUGCUUGCAACAACCCAGAAGUUGCCCCAAAACCCGGCAACGCUCGAAGCACUGCUCAAAGCAUUGCUGCUGUGAAAAGAAAACGAGGAAAGAAAGGCCAGCAGAGGUCAGAUGUCUGGGAUCAUUUCACAAAGGUGGAUCAUCCAUUAAUCGAGACUGUUGAUGGAGUUGAGAAGGUGGUUGGCAAUACCAAACGAGCUCAAUGUAAGUAUUGUCUGACGCAUUUGGCAUGCAAUCCUUAUGAUAAUGGUACUUCAUCUCUUAGGAAACGCAUAGAGACAGUCUGUAAAGGGUACCCGGGUAGAGUUAAGGUAGAAUCUGGGCAACAAGUGUUAACCAGUGAUGGGAAAAGAGGGCAGGGCAGUUUAGUUUCUGUGAAUUGGAGUCAGGAUAACUACAUUGAAGCUGCUACUCAUAUGAUUGUUGUCGAUGAACUUCCAUUUAGAUUCAUCGAAAAACCUGGGUUUAAUUACUUUUGUAGUGUUGUUGUGCCUCUUUUUAAAGUCCCUUGUAGGAAAGUCAUAAUGAAAAACUUUCUUCGCAUGUAUGAUGCCAAGAAGGAGGAGUUGAGGAGGGAAUUGAAGGGAUGGCAAAUGCAUAAGAGAGUGCUUGCAUUUUGUGUGGUUCCAAAUCACCAAGGUAUAAUGAUUGGUAAACUGCUAGAGUCUUGUCUCCUUGAUUGGUCAAUCGAUAAAGUUUUAACUGUUUCUGUUGACAAUGCAUUUGCGAACAAGAAUGCCAUUGAUUAUCUUAGGAAGAAAAUGUGUAGUUGGGAGAUUAAACAGAUUUAUGGAGGUAAGUUUAUGCAUGUGAUAUGUUUAGCUCACAUUGUAAACCUUAUUGUGAGGUCUAGUUUGAAGUUGAUGGAGAGGUCAGUGGCUUGCAUAAGGAAUGCCGUAAGAUAUGUUAGGAGUUCAGGUUCUAGGCUUGAUGAAUUUGAAAAAUGUGUGGAGAAGGAGAAAGUUGAGUGCAAUAGGAUUUACAUUUUAGAUGUUUCGACAAGGUGGAAUUCCACAUUUCUUAUGUUGGACACAACUUUGGAGUUGAAAAAAGCAUUUGAGAGAUUGUAUGAUGAUGAUGAAAGGUUCCGAAAUUAUUUUGAUGAAGAUGAAGAAAUUGCUGAAGAUGAGGCAGAGGCUGCAAGUAGGAGGAGAGUGCCUACGAAAAGAGUUGGGCCACCAACUGAAACAGAUUGGGAAAAUGCAGGCAUUUUUGUGAAGUUUUUGAAGGACUUUUAUGAUGUGACCCUCACUGUGAGCGCUUCACUAACCCCUACUGCACACAAGACCUUCCAUGAUAUUGUUACCAUUGAAGCUGAGCUUGAAGAACUUAGCUCGCUUGGUAUAGGGCCUGAUCCAAAUGAAGCUGACAUAGUCUUGUAUGACAUGGCAGUCCAAAUGAAGUCCAAGUAUGACAAGUACUUUGCUUCUUUGGAUGACAUGAACCAACUUUUCCUAGUUGCUGUGGUCUUAGAUCCUAGGUAUAAGUUGAGAAACAUUGGUAGAGUGUGUGAAGUGUGGCUGAAUUUGCCUGAUGAUGUGAUCAAGAAAAAAAUCGGAGGAAGUGAAGCAACUUGUUAUAGAACUUUGUGA